AUGCCAGCCUCUGCAAUCCUCGCCGAUCCGAGCACGUUCGACUGGAGAGCCCUACUCGACGAAAACCGUUCUCUCGAUUUCGAUCAGCUUCCUGACUACGGAAGGUUCAGGGGCUUAUUUGGAAGUAUAACGGAAGGGAGGAGUGAUGGACACCUCGAUUGGACGCCUUGUGUCCCGCAAACUAACGCGUGCGUUUUGGAUGAGCCCCAGCUCGAGAUUCCUGGCGAAGACGAAGACAGCGGCGGCGGCGGUAGCGACGACCUUGGCGAGGAUACUUACUUCGGAAUGGACAUUAGCAUGUGGGAAUCGCGUCAAGCAGAGCGAGGUAAGGACUUGAUGUUGUUCGCAGAGCAGGAGGCAGACCUUGAUAGCCGUACCCCGCAGAUCGUAGAAGUGGGUCCUUAA